AUGACUGAUGAUGAUAAUGAAUCUGCAGCGGCCGCGGAUUCGAAUGUCUUUCCCCUCCAGGCGCAUGGAGUUCUUGACUCUGAAGUGUUAGAUUUGUCUAACAAUGAAGUAUUAGCUCACACACUUGCUAACACCUCUGCGUCAACGGAGGAGGCAUACGCAGUCAAGUAUGGCUCUGGUUUUGUUAACAAGUAUCCACGUCGGGAUGCGGCCGGAGAACGUACCAGUGGAGAUUCUGAGAAUCCUAACCAUCUGCUUGGAGCCUUUCCUUGUCUUUUUCCAUAUGGCAUGGGAGGUUUUGAAGUCAAUCGUCCCUGCUCUAUCUCUUACGAAGAUCAAGCUAAAUGGGCGAUGAGGUAUGGUGAUAAGAGGUUUAGGAAGGACUUAUAUUUCAUGUUUCAAGUCUUCGGUGUCAUUCAAAAUGCCAAACAGUUGACCGUGGAAGAUCUCGUGGUAGCAAGCAAGGAGGAAUCUAAUAGACAACCUCAUUCUAAUCCUGUAGUUCGAUCUCUCAAGCACCAUAUCAAUGCUAAUCCUCCAUCGUUGUGGAUUACAAUUAAUCCAAGCGACACGCACAAUCCAAUCGCUCAAGUUCUUGUCGGUGAAGAGCUCAAUCUCGAUAUGUUUGAUGCCGACAGUGGUCCAGACGCCUGUCAUCGUGCUCUUAACAUUGCUACAGAUCCCUAUGCAGCGGCUCAAUUCUUCCAUUACAUUAUUCGCGCUAUCUUGGAGGCGCUUUUUGGUAUCACGAUAAGGAGCAAAGGAAAAUCACUUGCCAACAAGGUAUUUUUGGUGUUUUGGAAGGUUACAUCGGCACAGUCGAGGCUCAAGGCCAAGGCACCCUUCACUUACACUUAA